GAGGGCUCGUGCUUUUCGGGGCUGCGCAGAGAGCUGUCAGUCAGGGAAGAGCCCCAGCCCAGGGUGAUGUCAGUGGAUCAGCUGCUCUAUAACAAAGCGGGGAGAGCCGAGUGUAGGGAGAGAGAGCGGCGACAGAGGCGCUCGCUAGGCUGCGCGGCGGCGCCGGCAGCAGCGGCUCCUUGCCUGCCUGCUCAGCGAGCUGUAGGGGGAGACAACGGCAGGACUAGGCGAGCGCCAAGCCACGGGCACGCUCCCGGGCAGGGCUAGCUAAGCAAGUUGACUCCGGGCCGGCGGACUCUGCCAUGGACAGCGACGAGGAAACGCUGGAAGAGACCGUGGAGGGAGCACUUGAUGAUGAUGGGCUGCCCCAUGGAUUUUGUACAGUCACAUAUUCAUCCACAGACAGAUUUGAGGGAAAUUUUGUGCAUGGAGAGAAGAAUGGUCGUGGCAAGUUUUUCUUUUUUGAUGGAAGUACACUUGAAGGAUAUUAUGUUGAUGAUGCUCUGCAAGGUCAAGGAGUGUACACUUAUGAAGAUGGAGGAGCUCUUCAUGGCUCUUACAUGGAUGGAGAACUGAAUGGGCCAGCCCAAGAAUAUGAUGCCGAUGGACGACUGAUAUUUAAAGGACAAUACAAGGAUAAUAUUCGACAUGGUAUUUGUUGGAUAUACUACCCAGAUCGCGGGUAUCUGGUUGGAGAAGUCAAUGAAGAAGGAGAGAUGACUGGAGAGAAGAUAGCUUACGUGUACCCUGAUGGGAAGACAGCCUAUUAUGGGCACUUCAUUGAUGGUGAAAUGUUAGAAGCAAAAUUGGCAAAUCUUUUAUCCAUAGAAGAAGGAAAGCCACAAUUUGAAGUAGUUCCAGGCAGCCCAGUAUACAGUUUUGAUAAAUCUACUUCAUCCUGCAUUUCUGCAAAUGUUCUUCUUCCUGAUCCUUACGAAUCAGAAAGGGUAUAUGUGGAUACAUCUCUCAUUUCCAGUGCUGGAGAAGGGUUGUUUAGUAAAAUAGCAGCUGAAGCUGGCACAGUGAUGUCCUUUUACAAUGGAAUACGGAUUACGCACCAGGAGGUGGACAACAGGGACUGGGCUUUGAAUGGAAAUACAAUAUCCCUGGAUGAUGAAACAGUCAUAGAUGUACCAGAACCCUACAACCGUGCAGCCAAAUAUUGUGCCUCAUUAGGACACAAGGCAAAUCACUCCUUUACACCUAACUGUCAUUAUGAAUCGUACGUUCAUCCUCGUUUUGGGCUGAUUAAAUGUAUUCGCACUAUUAGGGCUGUUGAAAAGGAUGAAGAAUUAACAGUGGCUUAUGGCUAUGAUCACAAUCCCUCUGGACAAAAUGGGCCAGAAGCACCAGAGUGGUACCGUGUCGAACUGAAGGCCUUCCAAGCUGCCCAGGAAAAGUGAAAUGUGUACAGCUUUCUUCCUCAACAAACUGGAUCUAUGCACUACUUUCAUAUUGAAAAUGGGACAGCCAGAGAUUUUUGUUCCAUGGCUCUUCACUCUUUGUUAGAGAGGGAUUCCUUGCAUACUAACAAAUUUUAACCUUUAGAGCAAUUUUUAAUAAUUUUAAUGAAAGAACUAUUUAACAUGCUAUACAAGACAGUGUGAAUAUGU